UAUAUAAAAUAUCCGCCUCCUCGUUCUUCUUCCCGUAACCCAAGUACUAGGAAAAACCAAAAAAACUAAAAGAUGUCUGUGACGUCAUCGUCAGAUCCGGAGCUCCGCUCGCCGCUGCUCCAACCUUUUCUAAAGCAAUCGGAACCCGAGAAGCUAACCAUAGAUGAUAUGCUCCAAAAGCACUGCGGCGAAUUCGGGUGGUGGCAAUUGCGCCACUUUGUGCUAACGAGCUUGGCUUGGGCACUGGAGGCGUUCCACACCAUGGUAAUGAUAUUUGCAGACAGAGAACCGGAUUUCAGAUGUUUGGGACCGGGUUGCGAUGCGACGGCGAAGAGUGUUUGUAGAUUUGAACCGGGUUCGUGGGAGUGGGUUGGUGGCCUGGAGAGUUCCACGGUAGCACAGUGGGGUUUGUUCUGUGGACAGAAGUUCAAGGUCGGAUUGGUUCAGUCCGUUUUCUUCGGCGGCUGCAUGAUUGGUGCUGGGAUAUUUGGCCAUCUCUCAGACUCCAUACUAGGAAGAAAAGGCUCUCUAACAGUAGUUUGCAUGUUAAAUGCUUUAUUUGGUUGCCUAACUGCAUUAGCACCAGACUACUGGACCUAUCUCCUUCUCCGUCUCCUCACGGGUUUCAGCAGCGGAGGCGUCGGCCUCUGUGCUUUUGUCCUUGCCACUGAGCCUAUCGGCCCCACGAAGCGUGGUACCGCCGGCAUGUCCACAUUCUAUUUCUUCUCAACUGGAAUAGCCAUAUUAUCAGGUGUAGCAUACAUUUUUCGUUCCUGGCCGCAACUCUACAUUGCCUCCUCUGUUCCUUCCAUUCUAUUCCUUGUCACUGUCCUUCCUUUUAUCGCUGAGUCCCCACGAUGGUACCUUGUUCGUGGGAAAAUCAACGAGGCAAUGAAACUAAUGAGCAAGAUUGCUAAAUCGAAUGGAAACCACCUUCCUGAUGAUGUUAUCUUGGCCCUUGAUGAAGAAGCAAACAAAACUUCAAGCAACGACCAGAGUUGCGCUGAAGAACCUGCAACAAAUAAAGAAGCAAUAACAGGUUCUCUCAUUGAUGUAAUCCGCUCACCACUCACCCGUGUCCGGUUGUUUCUAACUGUGGCGAUUAACUUACUGUGCUCUGUCGUGUACUAUGGGAUUAGCUUAAAUGUUGUGAAUCUUGAAACCAACCUCUACUUGAAUGUGCUGCUUAAUGCAGUAGCUGAAAUGCCAGCAUUCACUAUAACAGCACUUCUGUUGAACAAGUUCGGGAGGAAACCAUUGGCAAUUGGAACACAGUGGUUCAGUGGGAUAUUCUGCUUGAUGGGAAGUUUGAUGGGCAAUGCUGGGAUAUGGAAAAUCAUGAGAAUGAUUUGUGGGAUUUUGGGUAUAUUUGGGAUGGCUGGGACAUAUAAUUUACUGUUUAUAUACACAGCCGAGUUGUUUCCAACAGUAGUGAGAAAUGCAGCUCUUGGCUGUGCUACGCAGGCAGCACAAAUGGGGGCAAUAUUGGCACCAUUUGUGGUGGUUUUGGGGGGUGCAUUGCCAUUUGCGGUGUUUGCAGUAUGCGGAAUUAUGGGAGGAUUGCUUGCAUUUUGCCUGCCGGAGACAUUAAAUCAGCCAUUGUAUGACACAAUGAGUGGAAUGGAGGAUGGAGAAAGUGGUUGGAGAAGCGUUUGAAGUGAAGUUAUGUAUUUAAAGAAUUUUGUUUCUAAGAGCUUUUCAAACCUCUGAAAUUACUGGUAAGAAGCUAAUUAAUUAAUUAAUCAUUGAUUGA